AAAAAAAAAAUUAAUAAUAAGAAUAAUUUGUAUAAUUAUCAACGUAUCAUAAUAAGAGUAAUUUCAAAUUAACUUAAUAUUUAAGUAGGUAUUUUAGAAAUCUCUAAAACGUUGAUAGAGUUUAAAUUACUAAAGACUAUAAGCUUUGAAGCAAGCGAGCUAUAUUUUACACUAAGUAGGGUUUAUAUUUAGGUUAGCAGUGAUAAUAAUAAUAAUUAUAAAUUGAGCAGUCAGUUAAAGCAAAAGCAAAUCAUCCAUUUAGCAGAAUUGCAAAAAGUUUACGAUUAAAAAAUGAUAAUGAUGGAUAGAUAAAAAUUAAAAAAUGCUGCAGGCGUGGGAGGAGUAGGUCCUAUAAUAGGAGGACCUCUUACUUCAAAUUUAGUUAUGCCUUUUGAAAGUCAAAGUCCAUAUAUACCGCAAUCAUUGUAUGCAUAAGCUUAGCAACGUCCUAAUACAUCUAUGAAUACUCAUAGCUCCAGAUUUUAUCAGAGUAGUAGAAAAAAUAGUUAAAAUACAAUUAUGAGCAGAAGAGGCUCUAACAAUCCAAGAAGCGAUUUAAAAUUGUUACUCCAACAAGACCCAAAUUUAGUUAUUUUAAAUGACUCUAAACUUCAAGCGUAACAGCAUUUAUACAGACCUCUCAGACAAUCUUAUUUGGAAGCUUAGGGUUAAUCUUUGGCUAUUAAAAAAUUUAUUGUAAAUAGUUCAACCAAGCGUGCCAAUACUUCUUUGAAUCAUAGUAAAACAAGAUUGUAGACAGAAUCAUCAGCUUAAAAUGCAUUAAAAUAAAUUUAAAAUUCACCAAGUCCUUUCAGAUAAAAAAAUUCUUAGGCAAUAGUAGCAUAAAAUAAUAGCAAUACAUAUUUCCAGCCAAACACAGCCAAUUUAAAUUUAUAAAACUAAUUCGCAUCGUAUGGAUCAAGGGCAAAUAGUCCUGCUCCUAUGCAACGCAGCAAAUACUAUAACUACUUAAAUUAAAAAUCAAAUGGGAAUAACACAAGCAAUAAUAACAACAACUAUACUUAAAAGUCAAUUGGAAUUUCAUAAGAAAUGGAAGUUAACUUAUAAAAUUCAAACAACAAUAGUGGGUAUCCUUCUCGAUACUAUAAUAAUGUAAUUUCUACGGGAGUAUCACCUGAGAGAAUAGUAAAUCAUGUUUAAUAGCUAUAUAGUCGUCCAAGAAGUUCUUCAAAUACAAAGCAUAGCCUUUACCCUCAUAGAACUCAAGCUAGCUCUCCAAAUAAUAAUGACUUAAGAAGUGUACCUUUAGGUCAUUACCAUCAUCAACAAGUUUUUAAAACAGAAAAUGAUUAAAAUCCACUAAACAAUUCAUCUGGAAAUGCAUUUACAAACUAAACUUAAGCUAAUAAUGCUAUUGCACCAUAAAAUGAAGUAAAAGUACUUAGAGAAAUAGAUUAAAUCAUAAAAAAAAUACAAAAGAAAAACACAGUUCCUACAAAUUAAAAUACAGAAACAUUACAAAGUUUGAACGAUGCUGGAGAAAUGAAUGAAGCGAAUACUGAUAAAUACUAAGAAGAAGAUGAAAACGGAACUAAUAAUAAUUAAUAAACAGCUGCAUAAAAUGAAAAUUAUAAUAAUCAGGAAUAAGAUAAUAAUGAGCCAAAAUCUGCUAUUGAAAAUUAGACUCCUGUUAUUCAGCUAAAAAGUUAUUAAUCUAGCAAUCCUCAACACACACAACCACCAAGAUCUCAUACUCCUGAAAGUUUAUCUAAUUCUAACGGUCAGAUUGUAAAUUCAAGGUAAAACUAAAGAGGGUUGAAAGAUAUUUCCAAUAAAAUUCAGUAAGCAAAUUAUAAAAUAAGAAACAACAACUUCUUCAACAAUAAUCAAGCAACGACUGAGGGGGAUUUAGAACUUAGCACUAAUUUUUAGAAAUAACAAAUUUACCGCAACAACAACAUAAUUCUUUAAUAAUUGCCAAAUUCAUAAAACUAUUAACAAAUUCCUACUUCAUCCAAUCAGAAGGUUUUAAGUGAAGAAACGCAGUACCUUCAUAAAUAAUAUUUAUUUUAUUAAUAACAGUAGCAGAUCCUAAAAUAGCAAUAAAUUCAAUAAAAUAUACUAGCCCAGCACAAUAACAUAGUCCCUUAACCUCAAUUUUAUUCUAAAAGGAAUUCAAACAGCAGCAUAUAAGAAAAAUAAUUGCAGCUUUAGAUUCAGUAACAGCAAUAGCAGUAAUUGCAGUAGUAGUAGUAGUAGUAAUAAUAUUAGAUCUCGUUGUAGCAGUAAUCUAGCUUUUUAGGAUUAAGUUCGGGAAGUGUAUCAUUAGAUACAUUUGAAAUGGGAGCCAAAAUUGGCACAGGUUCAUAUGCUGUAGUAAACUUAGCUAUCGAUAAAAGAACAAAUUAAAAAGUAGCAAUAAAAGUGUAUGAAAAAGAAAAACUCUAAGACCCACAUAAAAUGAAAAAUGUGAAGAGAGAAGUUUAAAUUUUAAGCCAUAUUUCUCACUUUAAUAUUAUAAAACUUUACUAUGUGAUUGAUGCUCCAACAACAUUAAAUUUAGUUAUGGAAUAUAUCGGCACUUCAUCAUUGUACAGCUAUCUAAAGGCUAAACCAAAUAGAAGAUUGCCUGAAAAUGAUGCUCGCAAAAUAUUUAGGCAAGUAGUAGAAGGUAUUAAAUAUUUGCAUAGUAGAAAUAUUAUCCACAGAGAUAUAAAACUAGAGAAUCUUCUUAUAGAUGACUAUAAAAAUGUUAAAAUUAUUGAUUUUGGUUUUGCUGUUUGUGCUCCUAAAGAUAAAAAAUUAACUUCUUUUUGUGGUACUCCUUCAUACAUGGCUCCUGAAAUAGUGUCUAAAAAAGAUUAUUAUGGUGCUCCUGUAGAUGUCUGGACAUGUGGUGUUUUGCUUUUUGUACUUUUCUGUGGAGCAUUUCCAUUUAGAGGAAAUGAUGAAAAAGAUCUUUACAAGAAAAUUUAAAAAUGUCAAUUAGAAGUUCCUCCCCAUGUUCCACCUGGUGCAAAGCUGCUAAUAUAAAGAAUAUUAAAACCUGUACCGAAAGAACGUCCUGAUGUUGAAGAAAUACUUAAAGAUCCUUGGGUUUAAUAUGGAGGGAGCACAUCUUCAUCUUCUAAUACAAAAGAGACUCUACCAACUUCCUAUUCUACAAAGAAUUGA